AUGGCGGAGCGGGCGGCCGAGCCCGAGGUGGAGGCUGAGGCGGGCGCGGGUGAGGAGGCAGCCACCGAGGAGGGCGCAGCGGGCCGCAAGGCGCGGGGCCGGCCGCGACUCACGGAGUCGGACCGGGCCCGGCGACGGCUCGAGUCCCGGAAGAAGUACGACGUGCGGCGCGUGUACCUGGGCGAGGCGCACGGGCCCUGGGUGGACCUGCGGCGCCGCAGCGGCUGGAGCGACGCCAAGCUCGCUGCCUACCUCAUCUCUCUGGAACGCGGCCAGCGGAGCGGCCGCCACGGGAAGCCUUGGGAGCAGGUCCCCAAAAAGCCAAAGCGGAAGAAAAGGCGGCGACGCAACGUGAACUGCCUGAAGAACGUCGUGAUCUGGUACGAGGACCACAAGCACCGCUGCCCGUACGAGCCGCACCUGGCGGAGCUAGACCCCACCUUCGGCCUGUACACCACGGCCGUGUGGCAGUGCGAAGCUGGCCACCGCUACUUCCAGGACCUGCACUCGCCCCUGAAGCCCCUCAGUGACUCAGACCCUGACAGUGACAAAGUGGGCAAUGGGCUGGUGGCCAGCAGCUCUGACUCGUCUGGCUCUGGCUCUGGCUCCGACUCUGAGGAGCGUCCUGAGGGCCAGCCAGUCAAGGCUGCAGUGACGGCGGCGGCAGCAGUGACGCCCACCAGCCCGGUGGGCAGCAGCGGGCUUAUCACCCAGGAGGGUGUGCACAUCCCCUUUGACGUCCACCACGUGGAGAGCCUGGCCGAGCAGGGGACCCCGCUGUGCCCCAACCCAGCAGGCAGUGGGCCCGAAGCCCUGGAGACAGUGGUGUGCGUGCCAGUGCCCAUGCAAGUGGGUGCGGGCCCCGGCGCCCUCUUUGAGAAUGUGCCUCAGGAGGCCCUGGGUGAGGUAGUGGCCAGCUGCCCCAUGCCAGGCAUGGUGCCUGGCUCACAGGUGAUCAUCAUCGCAGGCCCUGGCUAUGACGCUCUCACAGCUGAGGGCAUUCACCUCAACAUGGCGGCAGGCAGCGGUGCCCCUGGCACUGGCCUGGGCGAGGAGGUGCCCUGUGCCAUGAUGGAGGGCGUGGCGGCCUACACCCAGACAGAGCCUGAGGGCAGCCAGCCCAGCACCACGGAUGCCACUGCUGUAGUGAGCAUCGAGACCAAGAAAGAGAAGGAGGACCUGUGCUUGCUCAAGAAGGAGGAGAAGGAGGAGCCUGUAGCCCCGGAGCUGGCAACGACAGUACCUGAGAGCACAGAGCCUGCAGCAGAGGUGGACGGUGGGGAGCUGGACGGCAGCGACAUGUCAGCCAUCAUCUAUGAGAUCCCCAAGGAGCCCGAGAAGAGGCGGCGGAGCAAGCGGUCGCGGGUGACGGACGCUGACGGUCUGCUCGAGAUGUUCCACUGCCCAUACGAGGGCUGCAGCCAAGUUUAUGUGGCCCUCAGCAGCUUCCAGAACCACGUCAAUCUUGUUCAUCGGAAAGGGAAGACCAAAGUGUGUCCUCAUCCUGGCUGCGGCAAGAAGUUCUAUUUAUCCAACCACCUGCGGCGGCACAUGAUCAUUCAUUCAGGUGUCCGUGAAUUCACCUGUGAGACCUGCGGCAAGUCCUUCAAGAGGAAGAACCACCUGGAGGUACAUCGGCGCACGCACACCGGCGAGACCCCCCUGCAGUGCGAGAUCUGUGGCUACCAGUGCCGGCAGCGCGCGUCGCUCAACUGGCACAUGAAGAAGCACACGGCAGAGGUGCAGUACAACUUCACGUGUGAUCGCUGCGGGAAGCGCUUUGAGAAGCUGGACAGCGUCAAGUUCCACACGCUCAAAAGCCACCCAGACCACAAGCCCACCUGACCACUGACCGCCCCUAUUUAUUCGUCCACUCGGACACAACGCCCAGGCCUGCCGGGGCCUGGACUGCUGCGAGGGCCGCCCGGACCGCGGGCCGGAAGGAGGCGCCCCCGCCCCACCCCGCUCCACUGCAUCCUUCUCUGAAGCUGGUGCAUGGGGCUACAUUGCUGGAACUGUGUCAAGAGAGCAGAGCGAGAUUAAAGAUGAGAAAGGA